ACAAGGCCCGGGAGACGGACGCCGAGAAAGCUGGAGGGACGACACCUGACAGCCGCGAUUUGAGGAAGGCAACUGAGGAACGUGCCGAAAUAGGCGACACACAAGAGCUACUGCCCUUAAGUCAAGCAAGUGAAGAGGAAGACAUGAGUGACAGCACCGAGAGCACUACGGCCGAAGAUCAAGCAGACGCUACGGGGGCGACCGCGGCACGCGGGAAGCGUCCCAGAACAGGCAUUCCGAAGUUGACGGAGGACAGCACCGAACGCAAGGUCAAACGCCUGGAGCGUCAGUGGCAUCGCGUUGCUGGCGCCAAGGGUAAAAAAUAUGUCCCCGAAGUCCGGUCAGCGUCUUCGUCGCCGGUUCGGGGUCAGGGACGCGACAAGUAAUACCCCGGUAUUCCCACUGCAAGGUAGAGCCACGGUCCUGCAUCAAGUUCUUCGACCGAGCAGCCGCGGACAUCGUCGAGAUCUGGAGCGCCUCCGGCAUCGACGCCCACGUCUGGACUGCAGUGGCGAGCUUUGACAGCCUCUUCACCCUCGCCGUCGGCAACGUGCUGCAAUACGCCAUGCAGUCCGUCGUCGACGUGCGCUGGAGAGAUGACGACAACGCCUCAUCUUUGACGGGUGCGUACAUCGCAGCGGGCACGGCCAUCGCUCGACACCUUGAACCCCACUCUCGCAAGCUCCUCGUCGUACGCGCCAUCCAAGCCCUCGGCGACAUCGUGACGCGCGAUCGCGUCCCGGAGAUCGAACGCAUCGAUGACAUCGUGGCACAACGGACGUUCCAGCUGCGCUCGGCGUCCGAGACCACGGUGGUCACUCUGCGUGAUCUGGACACCCCGAAGACCAACUGGUCGCGAGUUCUCGCAGAUUACGCGGACAUGGCCGGCAGGCCAGAGCCUUCGAGCGCGAUUGUGCAAGACCAGGCUGGCGUUCGGGGUGUUUUAGAAGAACUCGCAAACGCCGACCUGCGAGUCGUAUCCGUGUACCUGACGCUUGUGCCCCUGGCCAAGUUCUUGGUCUUGGAGAGCGAAGUCCAGCGCCGCGUCGUGUCUGGAGGUGACGCCCAGGAGAGGCGCACCAAGCGCGAGGCAUGCGUCCGCGUCUUGGAGCUGCUGUUCGGGGACGGCUACGGGUCGUGGCUCUCCGCGAACGUCCUGAGGCCCGGAGUCGCGGACGACGUCGCACAGAUUGUCAAGGACGUGGUGGCGGUCGCCAAAGACACGAACAAGGUUUUCUGGCGCAUCCCUUUGAAACACGAACUCGUCGUUGCGCCAGCAUGCUUCAGAAGCAGUGAGUAAUGCGAAAAACUAAGCUAAACUACGUAAACCUCAAGAAGGUUCUUGAAAGAAGUCUACUAUACAGUCUAUAUACUCCGUAAUCUUCAGCUUGAUUUAGGCUUUCGCAUUCAGUGUCCCUUUGGGGACAUAUACCGAAGAGACUAGUAAUUCAUUUUUCGUAUAAACUCACACUAAUGGCAAGACGACAGUCUUCGGUACUGUGCCUUUUCGCUGUGUUAAAGUCUUCAAGGUGCUAUGACUACAAUAUAUUCCUACUCAAUCUCAAACAUUAUUGUAAACCUCCUUGUCCCAUGUUCCGAUUUACUGAACAGUGAUUCGCCGAUCCGAGGGAGGGCUACGGGAACCACAGGCCCAGGAUGCUUCCGUGCCGCCGAAGCUCAGAACGGACUUCGUCUCGAACACGAUCCUCUUCUCCCGCCAACGAAGCCGCAACGGUGCGACGUGCGAGCCGCUGAUCAGUCUGGCUGCGACUGCCAUGCGUUGGGACGAUGCUGAAGCACCGCUGCGCCUUCUCGUGCCGGACUUCUACCAUGCCGGCUCCACUGAGGCAGCCGUCAACUACGCCACGCUUGCAUACCACCUCGCCGCGCUCAGUUUCCGCACGGCGCUGUCCAAGAAUUGGACUUCGUCGUCCGACUAUGGACCCUGCAUCGCACACUACGUCCUUACCCGCCUCAGAAUGUUCCCGCCUGGACUUAGCUGGGACCAUGUCAUCGGUCGCCACUGGGCUCUCCAGGUGGCGCUGUGGGCGGCCGCGAAUCGCGACUCCGAAUUCAACUCGAGCGUAGACCUCUCGAGGCUUUUCUUUCUGCGCUUCGGACACACGUGCUGCUCGCAAGCGGCGGUUCCACUUCAACCUCGCGAAUACGAUGACGUCAGCGAGACUGACAGAUCGCGGGCGUCGUGCAACGCCAUUGCCAUGCCUUUGCCUGCCUUUGCCUAUGCGUUCGAUUGUGCAGGCAUGCCGCGCAUGGAGUGCUGAGCCUGCGGCACCUGUGAGAUAUUCGCGUCGCACCAAAAAUUGACCACUUGUCCCCGUCCUCCCUGCAGUAUGAACUUUGACUACGCCGCUUUAGAGUUCCUUUCUUGCUUUCUUUCCCUCUUUUUUAUUGUUUACCUAAUGCAUUCAAUUUAUGGUAUCGUG